AUGCCGAUCAUGCGCUUGAGAGCAGAGAAAAAGAUGAGGAAACACCUCCUCGAGCAGUUGAAAGCUCGUAAGGUGUUGGGCGCUCGUCUUGCCCAAGGAUACAAGUCCGAGGAAGACCUUGCCCGGUUGAACUUGGCGCCGCAAGUUUUCAUGUUCAAGAACUUGUUUUCGGGCCAGGUUUUGUACUCACAGGUGCCCGGGUUCCACCAGGACCAGAUCGACGCGCAGUUUCUCAGACCGAACUGGGAGAACAGAAAACCCAGCAGAAGAAGCGAUUUGUGGAGAAUCAUGUGUGUGGUGAACUUUGGCAGUUACGAGUAUGCUGUGGCGGCCUACAACGGCUUGGUGCACUUGAGAGAAGCCAGAGAUAUCCAUUUGAAGAAAGAAGCAAAAGCCAUGAGAAAGAAGGACGACGAGGGAAACACAUGGUACUCGGGCCAAUACAGACCUACACAUGCCCAGGAGGCCAUUGCAGACUUGGCCCAUGUCAUUGACGAGUUUGAGUUGGAAAACACAAAGGCAUUUUGGGAGUCCAUGUGGAGAAAGGGCGAAGACGAGCACUGGAGAGCAGACUUGGUUGAGCACGAUUCCUUGCCGGCCUUUUCGCCAAAGUUCCAGAGCGUGAUGUUGGACGAAAUGAGAGAAAUGGCCUUGGCCGAGUUUGCCAAGUUGCGGGCGCAGGAGGAACUGGCCGAGCAAGAGGCCGCUGAGGUUGUAGCAUAG